AUGGAUCUGUGUCUGGAUGGGUUUGAUGGUUUGGGCUUGGAUAGCCUCGGCCCCUCGCGGGGCUGGUCCAUGAAGCGUGGGCACCGCAAGCGAUUGGACGCUGCGAGCUGCCGGAACCCCAAGAAGAUGGGGAAGGCAAGCGAGGAGGUCGGGUUGGGCCGAUCGGCUGCGAAGCGCAGCGUGAACUCUGGCAGCCGCAAUGCGUGGCGGGACCCAGACUAUUUGGGCAAGUAUGGUUGCGACUAUCAUCCGCAGACCCGCCGCAACAACUUGAGACGUUGGAUGCGCGAGGCAGUGUACGAAAGCGAGGAGCUGGAGAGUGAGUGGGAGGAGGACUAUGCUGUUCUGUCUUUGGAGCAUGUUGGUUCGCUGGAGGCAAAGUGGGAGGAUCUGGAGGUGGCAUCUGUCUGCUCCUCUACCACAGCAGGCUUCGGCACCACUUCCACUGCUUCGGACUUUGGCUGGGAGUUCCUGGAGCCAACCACGCCGAGCUGCCCCUCCGCUCCCAAAAUCGACAUCUCCCCGUGGCAGGCGGCCCUGCGCCGGGCGGAGCGAGGGGCCAAGGAGUAUGCGCAGCAAUCCGGACAUGCAGAAAGCAUGGGAAUCGAAGAACGUCAGCCAAGGAGGCGUUGCAAGCGAGCCCCCGUCGUUGAAAAGACCGAGACGCAGAAGCUAGCAGACGAGCUCAAAUUCAAGUACCAGGUGAACCUUCACUAUGAUCUGCCAUCCACGGGCCCUACCACGCCGUUCGAAAAGCUUCGAUGGAAGUUCCUGAAGGAUCACUCCGAUGCCUUCUGCCAUUCUCUUUCUAUCCAGUACCUGAGUUGUGGCCGGCAGUGGCACCUGAAGCCUGCACCAGUGGCUCGAGAAGUGGAGGACCGAUUUCUCAGUGCCUGCGAUCGGGCAGCGGAAGGCGAGCUGCAGCCGGCUCUGCACGGCACAAACGAGUCCAACCUGUCCUCCAUCUAUUCCCGAGGGCUUCUGAUCCCCGGGGAGGGAGGGAACGGUGUGAGGAUUGUGAACGGAUCCGUGCACGGUGUUGGAAUCUACACCGCCUACGUCAAGGAUGCCGCCUUGUCCUGGUCUUAUGCCCGUGGUGUAUCUAGGCCAGUACUUGUCUGCGGCGUUUUGGAUCCAAGUACGAGAAAGACCAGUCCCGAGAAGAGCUCAAGCCUGGUGACCUACACUCAUUCAGCUCGCAUCUUCUUCAAGGAUGAUCUCGUUUCGCCACUAUUCGAGGCAUCCCUUGGCAGCAUCCCCGCUUCUGCUAGCACUGCUAGCACUGUGCCAAAGCCCGCUCUUGUGGCACCCCCUCGCCGGAUCCUUCCACCGGAUCCAGUAAAGCCAAAGGGCCCUGGGCCUCGGACGCGGCUGAGGCGCACGGUGACAACUUUGCGCUGCCCUCCACGGGCCUUCCUGGCCCGCCGUGCAGCGCGCAAGCGUCAAGCGUGA